CUUACAUAGAAAAUAAAUAUAAUAGCCUUUCAAGACGUCAUAAUUAUUUGGACUAAUUUCGCCCCCGUUUCCUAAUAGACAAGUGCGCGUUACGUAUUUGAUACACGACGACAAAAAAUUUAGAUUCAUGAAAUUUGUCUACACAAAUUUUUGAUGUGACAAAAUAACAGUCGACAACUUAACGGGCGACAACCCAAUUUAUCUCAAGCAGGAAGGAAUUUAAGAAAGAUGUGAAACGAAAACGAAAUGGGAGGCGAAUCAACAUUAGAAAAAGAAGAUGGGUGGAUUAUGACACAACUUAAAGUUAUCAAUGAUAAACUGGAUGUUGAAGAAAACUAUGGACGUGCUAAGGAAUUUGCUACAGAACAUCCAGUUUAUACUUUAUUCAUAGCAUUAACCAUAGCAACAUGCUGUAUCCCUGUCAUCUGUUUUCUGACCUUCUUGCUUGGUAUCAUUAUCUUUGGUGUUAUAAGCUUUGUAUUUUUUGAAGGGACAGUUUUGGUGAUCAGCACUGUAGUACUUGGAGGUGUGUUGUGUGUUACGACUGUGGUGGCCUGUAGUUUAAGUGGAUUUGCUGUCCUAUCAUACUAUGGACUACAGUAUUCAUACAACUUGUUGAAGAAAACUUUUCCAUCAGUUUUUGAAACUGAAGAAGGACCAGAUUCUACAAAGAAGUAGAAUUUAAUGUACAAAUAAAUAAUUAUGAAGUUUCCUUAAAUUUGCAAUGCAUAAUAAUUGUACCACAUCAAAGUGUUGUAUUCUAAUUGAUCUGUAAACAAAUGCUUUUUUUUUUUAAAUUUUAAUUAUGUUUUUUUAUGUUAUCAUGGUUAUGUAUAAGUUUUCAGAAUAAAAUUACUUUCAAAGACUUA